AUGAUUUGUGAAAGAAAGAAAAGAAAGGCUGAGAGAAGAGCUGAGGGCGCUUCAAAAAAAAUAAAAGGAAAGAUUUAUAGGUACAGCAAAGAAGCAUAUGCUAUUAGGCAUGGAAGGCCCAAAAAGAUUGAAUACAUGAAAGUCGUCAGGCCGAAUAACGGGUUUGGCAUAUCAACUAAACCAACUGUGUGUAAUGCUAUGUUCUUUGAUUUAUACAAUGAGCUUGGAUUAGAUCAGCCAAACACACUGUAUAGGCAGUGCUACCAGGCCCUUGAGAACGAAAUGAUGUCUUCUGUGAUUUGUACACCAAAUGGGUAUGUGGACUGUGCUCUGCUGCAGCACUCUUUUAACAUACCAGCACCAGUUGACUACUACUCUUCCUACCAGUCGUAUCGGUUAUUAGAAGAAAAAGAAGUCUCAGAAGAAGCAGUGCAAAAUUCCAGUGAGCAGACUGCUGUAUCUCUAUCUAGGAGUGAUUAUGUAUACAGCAGUGAUAUGUGGGCCAUCCAUUAUUAG